GUGAUGUAAUCCCAGGGGUCCAGUGAGCAUUUAAACCCCCUUCCCUCACCCUCAUCAUCAUUUCAAACAGAGUUUCACUCCUGCAAACUGCGCAGAGACUUUUCCUAUCUGAAGAAGAAAAAAAGUGAUAUUCCUCCGAGUGUCCAUUAAGAAGAAGCGACUACAUUCAGCAAGGGGUUGAGAAUUAAAAACGCGAGGCCGACCGCCUUGUAAACCGUAAAUCGGAUAAUCUAUCAUCGUCCUGACAGAAGAUCACUUUUCGCAAGUGUCCGCGAAAGCUCGUCUGUUUUUCUGCAACUUUUUGAUCUGCUGAACGGCGCGCGCGCUCCUGACACUCACGCGCAAAAGUGACGAGCUGCGAACUUCCAGCGUUAUUAGUAUAAAAGCAGCAGUCCCACCAUGAGCAAUUACACACAUUUAGACGACCUGCCGCCGCAGUAUUACCAAGGCACAGACCUUGGAGAAGAGGAAGAGGAGGAGAUGCCGGCGACCGAGAAAGACCUGGCCGAGGACGCGCCGUGGAAGAAGAUCCAACAGAACACCUUCACCAGGUGGUGCAAUGAACACCUCAAAUGCGUUAAUAAGGGCGUCACUGACCUGCAGAAAGACCUGGGCGAUGGCCUCAAACUCAUCUCGCUUUUGGAAGUCCUCAGUCAGAAGAAAAUGUACAGAAAACAUCACGUCAGGCCAAACUUCAGACAGAUGAAGCUGGAGAACGUGUCGGUGGCGCUGGAGUUUCUGGACAGGGAGAGAAUCAAACUGGUGUCAAUAGACAGCAAAGCCAUUGUAGACGGGAACCUGAAGCUGAUUCUGGGUCUCAUCUGGACGCUUAUUCUCCAUUAUUCCAUCUCCAUGCCCAUGUGGGAUGAUGAGGACGACGAGGAGGUUAAGAAACUGACUCCCAAACAGAGAUUGCUGGGCUGGAUUCAGAACAAAGUGCCAGAGCUGCCUAUUAACAACUUCAACAAGGACUGGAGGGAUGGCAAGGCUCUUGGCGCCCUAGUGGACAACUGUGCCCCUGGUCUGUGCCCUGACUGGCAAACAUGGGACCCCAACCAGCCAGUGGAAAAUGCUCGUGAGGCCAUGCAGCAGGCCGAUGACUGGCUCGGAGUGCCACAGGUGAUUGCUCCAGAGGAAAUUGUGGAUCCAGAUGUGGAUGAGCAUUCAGUGAUGACAUACCUCUCUCAGUUUCCCAAAGCUAAACUGAAGCCUGGAGCCCCUGUUAAGCCAAAGCAGCUGUACCCCAAAAAGGCCAAGGCCUAUGGACCAGGUAUUGAGCCUCAGGGGAACAUGGUUCUGAAACCAGCAGUAUUUACUGUUGAAACACUGGAGGCUGGACUCGGUGAAGUGAUUGUAUAUGUAGAAGACCCAGAGGGUCACACUGAGGAGGCCAAAGUUGUUGCCAACAAUGACAAGAAAAGGACAUUCUCUGUCACCUAUGUGCCUAAGGUUGAGGGACGUCACAAGGUGAAGGUACUCUUUGCUGGUCAGGACAUUGAUAAGAGCCCAUUCAUGGUGAAUGUGGCGAAGGCUCUGGGUGAUCCUAAUAAAGUUCAAGCUCGAGGUCCAGGUUUGGAGCCGGAGGGCAAUGUGGCCCACAAACCUACCUAUUUUGACAUCUACACUGCAGGUGCUGGGGCUGGAGAUGUUAGCGUGGUCAUUGUGGACCCGCAGAAUAAAAACAACACUGUGGAAGUUAUCCUUGAAAACAAGGGUGAUAACAUCUUCCGCUGCACCUACAAACCUGUGCUGGAGGGACCACACACCAUCCAUGUGACCUUUGCUGGGCAGCCUAUUCCCAGCAGCCCUUUUAAAGUGAACAUCUCUGAGGCCAGCAAUGCCAAUGCCUGCCGUGCAACUGGCAGAGGACUACAGCCUAAAGGUGUUCGGGUUAAGGAAGUGGCGGAUUUCACAGUUUUUACCAAAGGAGCAGGAACUGGGGAGCUGAAGGUGUCUGUGAAAGGGCCUGGUGGAGUAGAGGUGCCUGUGAAAGUGUGUGAUGUUGGUGAUGGAGUGUUCAAGUGUGACUAUUGUCCUGUUAAGCCUGGAAAAUAUACUGUGAACAUCACAUGGGGAGGACAACCUAUCCCACGCAGCCCAUUUGAGGUAGAGGUCAGCAAGGAAGCUGGAACCCAAAAGGUGCGAGCUUGGGGUCCUGGCUUGAAGACUGGAAUGGUUGGCAAGUCAGCUGACUUUGUUGUUGAGGCUAUUGGCACAGAAGUAGGAACUCUAGGGUUUUCUAUUGAGGGCCCCUCUCAAGCAAAGAUAGAGUGUGAUGAUAAGGGUGACGGUUCCUGUGAUGUGCGCUACUGGCCCACUGAACCCGGAGAUUAUGCAGUUCAUGUUAUCUGUGAUGAUGAAGAUAUCAAAGACAGCCCCUUCAUGGCCCAUAUCCUUCCAGCAGCCAAUGACGUCUUUCCCGAGAAGGUCAAAGCAUUUGGGCCAGGCCUGGAGCCCACUGGAGUUACUGUCAACAAGUCAACACAAUUCACUGUCGAUGCCAGAGAAGCGGGCAAGGGAGGUCUGAAGAUCUAUGCUCAGGAUGCUGAAGGCUGUGUGAUUGACAUCCAGAUUACUGAUAAAGGAGAUGGCACUUUUGUUUGUGUGUAUGUUCCAACCAAGCCAGUGAAGCACACCAUUAUAAUUACCUGGGGGGAGGUCAACAUACCUAAAAGUCCUUUUAGAGUUCUUGUUGGUGAAGGCUGCCACCCUGACAAAGUCAAGGUCUAUGGACCUGGAGUUGAGAAAACCGGCCUGAAGGCAAAUGAGCCCACUUACUUUACUGUCGACUGUAGUGAAGCUGGCCAAGGAGAUGUCAGCAUUGGGAUCAAAUGUGCCCCUGGUGUGGUGGGUCCAGCAGAGGCGGAUAUAGAUUUUGACAUCAUAAAAAAUGACAAUGACACCUUUACUGUCAAGUAUACACCUCCUGGCCCUGGCCGUUACACCAUCAUGGUUGUCUUUGCAGAUCAGGAAAUCCCCAGCAGCCCAUUCAAAGUCAAGGUGGACCCAUCUCAUGAUGCUGGUAAAGUCAGAGCUGAAGGUCCUGGAAUUAACAAGACAGGCGUUCAGGUGGAAAUUCCAACCCAUUUCACCAUCUUCACCAAAGGAGCAGGAAAGGCAAAACCAGAGGUGCAUUUCAAAACAGCUGCCAAAGGAAAUGCUGUAAAGGAUUUUGAGAUCAUUGAUAACCAUGACUACUCCUACACUGUGAAGUACACAGCUCUUCAUCAGGGUGAGAUGGCUAUUGUGGUCACACACGGUGGGGAUCCCAUUCCCAAAAGUCCUUUCAAGAUCACAGUCGCCCCUUCACUUGAUCUUGGCAAAGUCAAAGUUCAAGGUCUUAAUGAAAAAGUGGAAGUUGGAAAGGACCAGGAGUUUAUUGUGAACACAAAAGGGGCUGGUGGACAGGGUAAGGUAAAUGUGAGCAUAACCUCACCCUCUGGCAGACCAAUACCAUGUAAGCUGGAAUCAGACAAGACAAAGGAGGCCACCUGUGUGAAGUACAUCCCACCUGAGGAGGGCCAUUACAAGGUAGACAUCACCUAUGAUGGGAACCCUGUUCCAGAAAGUCCCUUUUCUGUGGAGGGACUCAUGCCUGCUGAUCCUUCCAAGGUUCGGGCCUAUGGACCAGGACUGAAGGGUGGUAUUGUGGGCCAGCCAGCAAAGUUCUCUAUAGACACGAAAGGAGCAGGUGCUGGUGGUCUGGGUCUAACAUUGGAAGGUCCAUGUGAGGCUAAGAUUGAAUGCCAAGACAAUGGUGAUGGAACCUGCUCAGUUGUCUACCUGCCCACAGAAGCUGGGGACUACAACAUCAAUAUUCUUUAUGGGGAGGCUCAUAUCCCUGGCUCUCCUUUUAAAGCAGUUGUCAAGCCAGCUCUGGAUGCUGGCAAGGUUACAGCGAGUGGCCCAGGACUGGAAAGGGCCAAAGCUGGCGAGGUGGCCAGUUUCACAGUAGACUGCAGUAGAGCCGGAGAGGCUGAACUCACCAUUGAGAUUGUGUCAGAUUCAGGGGCUCAAGCUGAAGUUUGCAUUCAAAACAACAAAGAUGGGACAUUUUCUGUCACCUACACCCCACUCUUUCAUGGGGUACACACUAUUACCAUUAAAUAUGGAGGUCAGCAGGUGCCCAAGAGUCCCAUACAUGUGAAAGUGGAGCCAUCUGUGGACACUAGUGGAAUUAAAGUCUAUGGACCAGGAGUUGAGCCCAAAGGGGUCCUCAGGGAGGUGACAACACACUUCAUUGUGGAUGCACGGGCCCAUGCCAAGACCAAAGGAGGCAAUCAUGUUAAGAUUCGUAUCAUCAAUCCAUCAGGCGCAAACACGGAUGCAUAUAUCACUGAUAAGGGUGAUGGCACAUAUAGAGUGGAAUAUACAGCUUUCGAGGAUGGUUUGCACCUGAUUGAGGUCUUUUAUGAUGAAGUUGCUGUUCCUAAAAGUCCCUUUAAGGUGUCAGUUGUUGAAGGUUGUGACCCAACACGUGUCCGGGCUUAUGGUCCAGGCCUGGAAGGUGGGAUAGUCAACAAACCCAACUGCUUCACAGUAGAGACAAGGGGUGCUGGGACAGCUGGUUUGGGCUUAACCAUCGAAGGUGCAUCAGAGGCUAAAAUGCUCUGCAAAGACAACAAAGACGGUAGCUGCAGUGUUGAAUAUAUGCCUUUCACUGCUGGAGACUAUGAUAUCAAUAUUGCUUACGGAGGCCAGCCUAUUCCAGGCAGUCCAUUUCGGGUGCAAGUUAAGGAUGUGGUGGAUGUCAGUAAGGUGAAGUGUUCUGGUCCUGGACUUGCAAACAAAGUUACUGCACAUGUUCCACAAACCUUCACUGUGGACUGCAGCAAAGCUGGAGUGGCUCCUCUAGAGGUACAGCUGUAUGGACCAAAAGGAACUCUGGAGCCUGUUGUUGUUAAAAACAAUAGGGAUGGAACACACACUGUCAACUAUACCCCUGCGCAGGAGGGGCCGCACACUGUGUCUGUUAAAUAUGCCAACCAAGAAGUACCUAGCAGCCCUUACAAAGUUAAUUCAGCUCCCUCGCAUGAUGCCAGUAAGGUACGUGCUAGUGGACCUGGCUUGGACACUACAGGAGUGGCUGCCAGUCUACCAGUGGAGUUUACCAUUGACGCUCGUGAUGCAGGGAAAGGCCUUCUGACAGUUCAAAUUCUAGAUCCAGAAGGAAAGCCGAAAAAAGCCAGCAUUCAUGACAACAGAGAUGGAACCUACACCGUGUCUUAUGUGCCAGACAUGACUGGCCGCUACACCAUAACUAUUAAAUAUGGCGGCGAUAACAUUCCAUAUUCACCUUACAAUGUCCAAGCCUUUCCUACUGGUGAUGCCAGCAAGUGUCUGCUCACAGUGUCUAUUGGCGGACAUGGUGUUGAAAGCCUUGGGCCCAAUAUCCAGAUGUCGGAAGAGACAGUCAUCACUGUGGAUGCAAAGGCUGCUGGAAAAGGAAAGGUAACAUGCACAGUUCAGACCCCGAAUGGCAUGGAGCUGGAUAUGGAUGUUACAGAAAAUCCCGAUGGCACCUUCGACAUAUAUUACACAGCACCCGAGCCGGGAAAAUAUGUCAUCACAAUCCGCUUUGGAGGUCAACACAUUCCAAAAAGUCCUUUUCAAGUCAUGGCUACAGAUCAACCUGUUGCACCGAGAGAUGACACCAAACCCAUGUUCCAGCCUCUAAAUUUAGUUAUCCCAUUUACUGUCCAGCAAGGAGAGCUCAGUGGAGAAGUACGUAUGCCAUCUGGAAAGACAGCUCGUCCGUUCAUCAGGGACAACAAAGAUGGGACAGUCACAGUGCAGUUUCAGCCUACAGAGAAAGGCCUGCAUGAAAUGGACAUAAAGUACGAUGGCAACCACAUCCCAGGAAGCCCUCUGCAGUUCUACGUUGACGUAACAAACAGUGGAAUGGUGACAGCCUAUGGACCAGGUCUGUGUCACGGAACAGUCAAUAAACCAGCUUCUUUCACUGUUGUCACUAAGAAUGCUGGACAAGGUGGUUUGUCCCUUGCUGUUGAGGGUCCAUCUAAAGCUGAAAUCAGCUGUAAGGACAAUAAAGACGGCACCUGCACUGUGUCAUACUUGCCGACAACACCGGGUGAUUACAACAUCAUUGUCAAGUUUGACAACAGCCAUAUCCCUGGCAGCCCCUUCACAGCAAAGAUCACCGGUGACGAUUCGCUCCGACGUUCUCAACUGAAUGUUGGCACAGCAGCAGACGUCUCGCUAAAGAUCACAGAAACAGACCUGAGCUAUCUAACAGCUAGCAUCAAAGCUCCAUCAGGAAAGGAGGAACCUUGUCUACUGAAGAGAUUGCCCAACCGGCACAUUGGUCUCUCCUUUACCCCAAAAGAAGUUGGGGAGCAUGAGGUCAGUGUUAGGAAGAGUGGGAAACAUGUAAACAACAGCCCUUUCAAGAUUAUGGUUGGACCAUCGGAAAUCGGAGAAGCCAGCAGGGUCAAGGCUUUUGGUAAAGGACUAGUUGAAGCACACACCUUUGAAGUGGCCGAGUUUUUUGUGGACACUAGAAAUGCUGGAUAUGGAGGACUUGGAUUGUCAAUCGAAGGUCCAAGUAAAGUGGAUAUCAACUGUGACGAUGUUGAAGAUGGAACAUGCAAAGUGACAUAUUGCCCAACCGAACCAGGCAACUACAUCAUCAAUAUCAAAUUUGCAGACAAACACAUACCAGGAAGUCCAUUUACAGUGAAGGUAACAGGAGAAGGAAGAAUGAAACAGAGUAUAACAAGGAAAAGGCAAGCUGCCUCUAUUGCAUCAGUAGGCAGCACAUGCGACCUAAACCUAAAAAUUCCAGGAAAUUGGUUUCAAAUGCUGUCAGCACAGGAGCGCUUAACUCGUACCUUCACCCGCAGCAGCCACACUUACACACGUACAGAGCGCACAGAAAUCAGCAAGACACAUGGAGGUGAGACUAAGCGGGAGGUACAUGUAGAGGAGAGCACACAGGUUGGCGGGGGCGGUGGUGACCCUUUCAGAGAUGUAUUUGAAUCCUUCCUGGGAAGAGACCGACUGGGUAGCUUUGGUACAAUCCGGCAAGAAGGAGAAACAGGGAUCCAGGGAAUGACGGCGCAGGUUACCAGCCCUGGUGGAAAUCUGGCAGAUGCAGAGAUCGUUGAUAGUGGAAACAGUACCUACAGAGUCCGCUUUGUGCCUACUGAAAUGGGUUCUCACACCGUCAACGUCAAAUACAGGGGCGAGCAUGUACCUGGAAGCCCCUUCCAGUUUACAGUUGGCCCACUUGGGGAAGGAGGUUUCCACAAGGUCCGGGCUGGAGGCACAGGCCUAGAGAGAGCUGUCGCAAAAGUUCCCGCUGAAUUCAGUAUUUGGACAAGAGAGGCUGGAGCGGGUGGUCUGUCCAUUGCUGUAGAAGGGCCAAGCAAGGCUGAAAUCAACUUUGAGGACAGAAAAGAUGGAUCUUGUGGUGUCAGCUAUGUUGUGCAGGAGCCUGGUGACUAUGAAGUUUCUAUCAAGUUCAAUAAUGAGCAUAUCCCAGAUAGUCCCUUUAUUGUUCCUGUUGCCACACUAUCAGAUGACGCACGACGACUUACUGUUACAAGCCUUCAGGAGAAGGAUUUGAAGGUUAAUCAGGAGGCCUCAUUCGCAGUUCAGAGGAAUGGAGCUAGGGGUGUCAUAGAUGCAAAAGUUCACGCUCCAUCUGGUGUGGUAGAGGAGUGUUAUGUCACCGAAUUGGAUAGUGACAAAAAUGCAAUUCGCUUCAUUCCACGUGAGAAUGGUGUUCACUCUAUUGACGUGAAGUUCAAUGGAAGCCACAUCCCAGGCAGCCCAUUCAAAGUCCGUGUUGGAGAAGCAGAAAGUGUUGGAGAUCCAGGAAUGGUGUCUGCUUUUGGUCCAGGACUUGAGGGUGGACGCACAGGAGUCCCAUCUGAGUUUGUCGUCAACACAUGCAAGGCUGGUUCUGGUGCUUUAUCUGUUACUAUUGACGGUCCCUCAAAAGUCAAAAUGGAUUGCAAUGAGUGCCAGGAAGGUUACAAAAUCUCUUACACACCAAUGGCACCAGGCAACUAUCUCAUUUGCAUCAAAUAUGGUGGGCCGCAGCAUAUUGUUGGCAGCCCCUUCAAAGCAAAGGUCAUAGGUAUGCGUCUUUCUGGGGGGCACAGUUUGCACGAAACUUCAUCAGUCAUUGUGGAAACAGUUACCAAGUCCUCCAAGAUGGCCGGAGCAUACAGCUCUCUGACCAGCUCUAUGCCAACAUCAGACGCCAGUAAGGUCGUGUGUCACGGUGCUGGCCUUUCCAAAGCCUUCGUGGGUCAGAAGAACAGUUUUUCUGUAGACUGCAGUAAAGCAGGUACAAACAUGCUCAUGGUUGGUGUCCACGGUCCUAGAACUCCAUGUGAAGAUGUGACAGUCAAGCAUAUGGGAAACAAGCUUUACAACGUGACCUACACCGUGAAGGAGAAAGGAAACUAUGUAGUGAUUGUUAAAUGGGGGGACGAAACUAUACCAGGGAGUCCUUUCCAUGUAAGCGCUCCUUAAACACAAAGUCAAACGCUUAGAGUUUCUAAUUCAGAAAAAAAGCUUAAUCCAGGGAAAAGAAUGUGGAGUAAAAGGCUUAUUUUAAGACUGAAUCUUAUUUCAGAGGCUAAUGACUUUUAUUUAAUGCUACCCUGUUUGACGCAAGUGUAUUUUAAUACUGUUUCGGAUGCUGUUUAUUGUAAGGGUGACAAUUUAAGUUUAAUAAUAAUUAAAUGGGUAUAUCCACCUAAUUCUGUUUUGUUUAACCACCUAAAAAGAAUAUAUGUGUAUUUUACUGAGGGAGAUUUAUUGUUCUUCGAGGCACUUUUGAUGGUGAUGGGACAUCACAGCAAUAUUGGUUUUGUGUUCCGACAAUGUAUAGAUGUAUCUGCUUUUAUAUGCUUUAUAGAAUGUUAUUUUAUGAUCUUAACCAACUAUUUAUAUGCAUUUGAAAACUGAAAUAAAGAAUAAAACUAAGUGUGCCGUU